CAGUAACAGCAACAGUGACACUGACGUCGCUGCUCUGUGGCUAGUUCGGUAAUAAUGAGUAAGGACAUAAUGAUCAUCAUCAGGAUCAGGUAGACUGCGCGAGCACGUCAUAGGCAGAGAGAAACAUCUUGACCAUCCAGGAAGAGCCGUCCUGUAGGUCAGCAACCCACAUAUCAUGUGGCUCACUGUUUUUGCACUGUAUAUCAUAAGGCUGUUGUGCAUGGUGUAAAGUUUUCUGCCGGUCGACAGCGACCGUGCGGACAGCUCGCUGCUCGUCGCUUGUGUGACCGUCAAGGAACAAGGAGCAGUUGCACCGCCAGCGGAGCUGCAGAAUCAUGUGGGCGAGACAACGACGGUUGCUGCAGCGCUCCGGCGCAGCAGCUGUGCUCGUCGCAUUCACGGCACCGACCGUCUCUGCUGCUCCAGCCGCCCCGGUGGCCAAGAUCGUGGAGACUUUGUCGAACCUCCAGCAGUCCAUGCAAGAGGAGCAAGAGGUGGACAGUGCGCAGUACCGCUCGGCGUUUCAGUGGUGCCAGACCGCGUUCCGUGACCGCAGCCAGGGGCAGAACCAGUACCAGGCGAUUGAACAAGAGUUGAAGUCGAAGCAGAAGGUACGCGAGGCGGUGAAUCGGCAGUUGAAGGAUGAAGUUUCCCAACUGCAGCAGGAACUUGCCGAGGCGGAGAACGCGGUGAGGCAAGGGUCGAGUUUGCGGCAGUCGGAGCACGGCGACUACCUGCGGGAGCAGAAGGACUCGGCAAACAUGCUCACGGAGUUAAACAACGCGUCGGACAAGUUGAACCACCGAGCUUUGAACCGUCAAACCCUGCUGCAAGUUGCCUCCUCGGUGCAGCAGAUUGCCCAGCGAUCCGGAUUGGUGGCGGAAAAAGACCGGGUGUUGCUAGACGAUUUUGUCACGUCGACGUCUAGUUCUACGUCUUCUACCGGAGGACAACUUGCAGGCCAGCAGGAACAACAAGAAGAGCAAGACCAGCAGGAGAUGAACGAGGCGGAUGCGAUCGAGGAAACGAAGUCUUCCGUCCUGCAGGUGCUGAAAACGCUAACGACCACCUUCGAACAGUCCAUCGCGACCGCGCAAGAACAGGAACGGAAGGCGCUGGACCAGUACGAUUCGUUAAUUCGGAUGAAGAAGCAGGUGUUACUCCAAUUACAGUCGAGCAAAGACGCGAAGGACGCCGCUUUGGCGGAGUCGGAGCAGAUGAUCGCCCAGUUGAAGCGCAGUCUGGAGGACGCCACGCAGGUAACGGCCGCAUCGACGAACCAUUUGGCGGAAGUGAAGAAGGUGUGCGCGGAUCUGUCCACCGGGUGGGCGGCGCGGCAAGCUGGACAUCAGGAAGUGUUGCAGGGAUUGCAAGCGGUGACGGAAAGUUUGUCGACUGCAGCAGCAGCUUCGAUGGGUGGAGGGGAACAAUCUUACGGCGGGGCUGAUGCUCAGCAGAAUACUAUGCUGUCCUUUCUGCAAGAAGGAGCGCAAAGUACGACGAAGACCGGCAGCUACGGUGGCGCACAGGAAGUCUUUGCGCAAGAUCAACAGCAACCCACUGGCACAACUACCCUCGGUAUGGUUGCUCCGCCGCUGCUCGGUGGUGGUGGUGCUGUACAAAACCAAGGCACAAGCUCAAGUCUCGGACUCCUGAACCUCUCGUCCGCAAGUCAGACCCGCGGGGGUCUCGCGGCUGCGACAAGUGCAUCAAGUACUUCCAGUCUGCCAACUACCACACACGACAGCUUCGCUUCUGUGCCAGCAGAACAACACCAAGAGCAGAUGCAACAGGACGCCACCUCGUCGCGCCAAGCGACUUUCUCCAGCGUGAAGCGCAUGGUGGAGGAGAUGAUGGCCCAAAUCCAGCAAGCCACGCAGAACGAAGACAGCCACAAAACUUGGUGCGAGGCCGAGAUCUCGCGGAACAGCGGCACCGUAGAGGAGAAGGGCACGAAGUUGCGCCGGAUUCUGACGAAGGUGGACAACGAGAAGGAAGCGCUGUCCGAGUUGGAUGGUAGUUUGCAGGUGCUGAAGGCGGAGAAGCAGAAUUUAGCUGCGAGUUUACUUGAGUUCACCAAACUCCGUCAACAAAGCAAGUCGUUUUUCCAGAAGUCGGAGCAGAACCACCAGGUUGCGGGCCAAAUUUUGCAGCAGGCUGUCGCGAUUCUGCAGCGGUUCAACGCUUUGGUGCUGGAGGAGCAGGACGACCAGAGAAGUAAGCAGCAACAGCAGCUCGGGUUUCUGGCAACCGGAAGCAGUAGUUCGACGCAACAAUCCGCCAGUACGCAGCAACUCGCACAGCAGGCCGUGGACAGUCUCGGUAGCUUGCAGACGAAGUAUCAGCAGUUGCGCGAGCAGUGCGAGAAAUCCGAGAAUACGGCGGAGCUGGAUAGCAACUCGCUGAAAAAAACGGAAGAAUCGUUUACCGCGAAAUUGGAGCAGGCGCGCACCUACCGGUCGAAUUUGGAAUUGCAGCAGCGCGCGUCGCUCGACGCAGAUAGCGAGGACAGCACGGGGUUGAAAAAGCAGAAGGAGGAGGUGGACGCGUAUUUAAACCGGCUGAAGUCCGCUUGUUCCGAUUUACUGCAGCACUACGACGAGCGGCGGGCGCGACGGCAGGCAAAUCUGCAGGCGCUGCAGUCGGCGAGAAACGUGAUCAACAUCGACAAUGCGGACGAGAUUCACGCCCAGCUCAGCCGGUUGGCCGGCAAUGCGGAUGCCGCGGCGAUGAGUCUGGUGAGUAGAAGUGCAGCAGCAGGAGCUAGUAGUACUUCGAGCAGCGGAUUCAAAUUCACACCGGCGUCAGCACAGGACAGUCUAUUGUUUCCUGGAGCUGAUCGUACGGCGGGGGGCGCAACCACAACUGUCAUGUCGAAGAGCAAGCUAACCGGGAGCAGCAUGCUGCAG